ACACACACACACACACACACACACACACACACACACACACACAAGUGGGUAAAAUGGGUGGCCAUGCAAUGGAAAUUUAAAUAAAAUUAUUAUUAUUAUUAUUUUUUUAUUAAAAUUAUUUUAAAAAAUGUUAUUAAAUGUUAUUAAAAUUGUAAAUUAUAGAAAGACAGACCAAUGAUAAUUUCAACCAAUAAUAUAUCUCUUUUCCCUUAGGAAAUAAAGAAGCAUAGUUUCAAAAGUAACUGCACUCUUAAUAGUUCUAAUAUGCAGAGAUGCAACAAAAGAACAAUUUCAUGUUCCCGAAAAAACUUUCGGGACAGUUCUUAAAGUAAUCAUUGCUUCAGUGUAAAAACACUUAUUAAUUAAUCAGAACCAUUUGUACAAUGGAAAGAUUGCAUGAAUGAUAAAGUGUCUCCAUGGAUUUUUAAAAAUGUGUGCUGUUUUUGUGUCAGAGAGCAGUAUUUCUGAGAGAGAAGUCAGAGAGAAUGCGAGUAUGUGCUGAGUGUGUGAGUAUGCUCUGUUUUCAUAGGCCAUAUGUUUCUGUUUAAACCGUUUUAAAGGGGUGGAGCAUCAUUUGAUUGGCAUCUGUUUCCCCUUGCUCCAUAGCCCCGCCCCCUUGAGCCUUUAGCUCUUGGUUUAUUUUCCUCAUCUCAUCUUUCACUCCUUUCGUCAGCUACCCCUUUUCCUCUUCUCUCUGUCCUUCUUUUCCCCCUUUGCUCCAUUUGUUGAUCCAUUCAGACCCGUGUCUUGCAGCAGGAGGGAUCUGAAAGACUUACAGGAGCCCGUAUGAGUCUGGUGGUCAGAUGGACCCCGGGGCCCAGAGCCGGUAGGAUGUGCUUCAGGUUGAACUGUGGUUACUCAAAACCUUGUACUUUGGAACUUUAAGGCGGGAUGAAACUGGAUCAGUAGUGGGAUUUGUUGUACCUGAGCAUUUCUGCUUGUUGAGGAGCAGAUGUGAACUCCAUAGAUCUGAGCUUGCUGAUUCUUGGAUGACCCUGUUGAUCUCUGUAGCACGUGCUGAUUGGCCGGUGUUGGUGAAUGGCGCGGCGCAGUUCAGGUGGACACGGGCGUGGAGGAAGCUGGCUCACGGCCUGCUUUUUUCCAUCAUCCUCAGGGAAAGAGCGUGGAGAAGCCCUGGGUGCAGAGGACUGUAUGUGUGUGUAUGCGGUGACGGCGGACUAUCAGCGGCAGGAGAACACAGAGAUAAGCCUGAAAGCAGGAGAGAGAGUGGAGGUGAUUGAAAAGAGUGAGAGCGGGUGGUGGUUUGUAAGAACAGCUGAAGAACAAGGCUGGGUUCCUGCAACAUAUCUAGUCUCUCUCACAGGACGUCGAGAUAGCCAUCGAGCACCGAACGGAGAGACAGAGUGGUAUAUUACAGUGCAGCCGUUCAGCAGCUCGAGUCAGGAUGAGCUUGGCUUCGAGAGCGGCGUCAUUGUUGAGGUCAUUCAGAGGAAUCUGGAGGGCUGGUGGUUCAUACGUUAUGGCGGUAAGGAAGGAUGGGCUCCUGCUGCCUACCUAAAGAAAAUCCAAGAUGGCGUCACAGCCAGUAACCAGCCAGCAGAGUCAAAUAAAGCAUCUGUUCAGGGCCAGGUGGAAAUCAUCGGGAACCUGAUGGAGAUCAGCAACCUCCUGAAUAAGAAACCAGCUAAUGAACGCCAUUCACACACACAAACUGACAGCCACUCAGCAAACACAUACAGAAACUCACAGACGGACUCGUACACUCAGUACAGCGGUGAUGAAGAUCAGACUGAAGUCAACACAGAGAGAGACUCUGAGGAUCAGAUCAAGACACACAUUGAAACCAGUGUCUCAGACAGCAGCGGGUCUGUGUCUGUGUCAGACGCUUGUGUUUCUGCUGUAGCAACUGAGCUCUGUGUUUCUUCAACUGUGUCCUCAUUUAAGGCCAAAACUGUCCCUGCGUCCCCUGCUAUUGCACGAGUCGCCCCGCAGAGAUUCCACAGCGUCGAGAACAAACCACCAUCAAACAAUCUUAAACCGCCUCCCCGUCGUGAAAACAGCCUGGGUUUUCAGCUGCCGCAGCCGCCGGAUCCCCCUACUGUUGAAGCGGAGUAUUACACCAUCGCGGAGUUUCGCUCCUGCCUGACCGACGGCAUCAGCUUCAGCGGAGGACAAAGAGCAGACGUCAUUGAGAAGAACUCUGGGGGCUGGUGGUACGUCCAGAUUGGUGAGAAGGAGGGUUGGGCUCCGUGUUCAUAUAUAGACAAACGCAAGAAGCCCACCUUGAACCGUCAAACCAGCACACUGACCCGGCCCAAGGUCCCACCUCCUGCUCCUCCAAUCAAAAAGCAGAACUCGCUUCCAUGUGUUGAGUCCGAAAUCAUGACCACAACAUAUCCUCGAGUGUAUGAAGAGCCAGAAUAUGACGUCCCAACCAUAGGCUUUGAGUUUGACCCUGAUCUGGAUUUUUUCCCAAGCGACGCACCGACUAAAGCGACUCCACCUUUGUGUCAGCGUACAAUUUCCUUUACACUGGGCGAUGAAGAGGAUGAUGAGGGUGUAUAUGCUAAUGGUGGCUUCAGAGCUGUACCUCAUUGUAAGGAUAACCACUCUCCCUCUUCGGCUCACCGGGCAUCUAUGUGGGAUCCACCAGAAUAUGACGCCCCAACGAUCGAACCCAGUUUUGAAACCAAUACAACUCUCUACGCACAAUCAAACCAACCUAAACUCAAACAGCAGGCUGAUGAGUCAAAAUCCAAACCAUCCGUACGUCCAAAACCCACAAACCAAGACUGUAGUUCUCUCAGAAAACCUCAAAACCAGGAACAGCCAAGUCACAUGCAAUUCAGGACCUCCCGAACAUCAGAAGAGUCUGAUACUGGUUUGUCGGAUGACUUCCAGAGCUGCUUGUCAGAUUCGUCUUCAUUCCUGUACCGUACUACAGCAGCGUACCAGCAAGAAGAGCCGUGUGAGCUCAGCUUUCCAGCAGGAGUGCAGGUGGAGGUCGUGGAGAAGAAGGAGAGCGGCUGGUGGUUUGUCCGCUGGGGGAAUGAGGAGGGCUGGGCUCCUACUUACUACCUACAGCCAAUCAAAAGCAGCUCUGAAACAAGCAGCCCAGAAGCCAAGACCACAGAGAAGAUCAAUUCAGAGUUAUCUUGGUCUGCUUCUCCGGAAUUGGAGAUUUCGGUGCAGGUAGAUGUUGGGAAAAUGGGUAAAUCUGUAAGUCUGGAGAAAAAUGAGCAGCGUGUAAACCAAAGCUUGAAGGGUGGACUUCGAUCUAACUCAAGGGUCGGAGUGAAGCAGCUUGCCGUCAGGCCUCAGAACGUCCUUAAAGACAACACUAAUGCACAUGCAGCCCCCGCGGGACGGAGGAACGACACACUGCCAAGUCAUUCUUCACUCGUCAGCUACAAUGAUCAAAGCUCUUCUUCUCAUGCAGGUAAUACUGAGAGCAUGAGGCGGAAGGUUCCGGUCUCAAUGGUGAAGCCCAAACCUCAUUUGAUCCACAACAACUUGCGUGAGGAGUACGUUUCUAUUGCCGAUUAUCGAGGCGAUGCGGAGACCAUGAGCUUCCCUGCUGGUACAAGGCUGGAGGUCUUAGAGAGAAACCCUAAUGGAUGGUGGUAUUGCCGUGUGCUUGACACAACUAAAACACGCAAAGGAUGGGUGCCAUCCAACUUUCUAGAGAGGAAGAGUUAGUGCCAUCUGAAACCAAAAAAAGGUGCUAGAACUAGUUAUCCAACCACAGUCUGUCUUGAGCUUGACGCCAAUAAAAACAUCAAGAUUCAUGUGAGAUAUCUUGCUUCAAGCUGUCAAAGGGAACACAAAUAGAGGGUUUUCACACUGAGCAUGUUUAUUGCUGUUCAAGUGCAGUAGUUCCUGGUGCCUGCUACAAUAUCGGUGUGGUUUCACUUUAACUUGGUGCAUUUGCAUUCAUUUGUUUAUCAACUUGAAACAUGCUUGCUGCAUGAUAGGAAUCUUUUGGGUGAUUAUUUUGUGUUUUUUAUUGUUAUUCAAUUCAUUUGGUGCUAUCAUGUGCAGAAAAUCUGCAACAAUUGCCUUUACAACAACACAGCAACAAUUAGAACAAUUUUAGUUCUAGGAACACUUCUUUGGGGGGAACUAAAUUCACUCCUACAGAGUAUAACUACCAGUGACAUAAGUUUAUGUUGACUGGCCAAAUGCACCCCAUAUGAAACAACGGCAAAACUGUUAUUUGUUUUGCAGUGCAAGAUCCCAGCAAACGAUUUUGUGUUUAAAAGACAUCUAAAUGUAGACAGCUUGGCUAAAACAAGACAGAUUAGACAGACUUUAUAUGUGUAGUCAUUCAUUCCUGUUCAUUUGAUGACUAGUCUAGUUUUGGCCUAUUCUUAGACGUCUAUUCGAUUUUCACUGACAGCCCAAAUUUAGCCUUGUUUUAGUUAUGUUUAGACAUCUAUUAGACAUCCGUUAGACAUCUUUUUAAAACAAAAAAAUGCUUGCUGGGAUGUCACUGUCAGCUGACUUGUCACUUUUCAGAGUUUAUAGUGAUGGUAAAUACAACCAGGAAAAUGGUCAGGGGAAAAAUAGUUCUCAGGGAACCGGAACUGGUGGCUAGUCCCUAUGACCAAGUUCCUAUAAAUGUCUUCUGGUAAAAGCCCCCAUAUAUGUGCAUUACAUGUACAGAGGCUCACAACCUUUUUUUUGGUUUGCAAGCUUCUAACUUACAACUCUUACUGUGUGUUCACAACGAAGGCGGCGUUUGGCGGUUGUUUUUUGCUAACUAACAACAGUACAAAACAAUAUUGCUGCUUCAGAAUAUUUCAGACAUAUGGACAUAUUGGAUAUGUGGAGCAAAGCCACACCACACGCAACAACUUGAUGUUCCAUAGUUAAAUGAAUUUGAUAAAAGGCGAGCGACAUUGUCACACUAUAAAGCACAUUUUUAAGUGGAAAUGUAAGUGAUUUGCUGAUAUGCUGCAACAACCCCUUUAAAUACGAGAUCAAUGUAGCGAAUUUUGAUGCAGUCAAAGUUCGCUCUGACCGCCCUGGUGACAACGCUGUCUGCUUUCACAGCUCCGGCAGCAAGAGUGUCAAUAUUUGGUGUGAACGCACAGUGAAAGGGAUAGUUCACCCAAAAAUAAAAAUGCUGCAAUCAUUUACUCACCCUUCACUUGUUCAAAACCUAUUUGAACACAAUGGAUAUUUUGAAGAUUUCUGGUUGCUAACACCCAUUGAAUUCUACUAUGGAAGUCAAUAGCUGUCAGCAACCAGCAUUCUUCAAAAUAACAUUUGUGUUCAAUAGAAAAAAACUUAAAGUUCAUCCAUUUUUGGGUGAACUAUCCCUUUAAUGCAAACACUCUGCAAGCUCACCCAUGCUUGUAUUCAAGAUUAAACGUUCCCUACACGUGUCUUAAUGAACAAAUGAUAUCAUAAUUGGCUAAAACGCAUGCACAGGGUAAUUUAUUUCCCUGACAGGUGUGCAGCCAUUUGGAUCAGGCCAUAGUGCAACCAAACUCAGACCACCUUCCACAGGGUCUGCUAUCUCAGUGUGCUCCUGGAUCCUCAUGACUGUAUUCACAUAAUUACUUUUUCCAUGUACGCCACAGCAUUUCUAACUAAACUGCCAGUGUUAAAGCACCUUAGGUGACAAGUGCAUUUUCUUGUUGAUUGACACCGUGUUAAUAUGCUGUAUACUCCUGCUUGUGCUGGAUGAUGUGAUGUUAUUGUCACUGAACACUGUUUUUAGUUGUUGUGCUUAGAUGCUCUUAAUAUGCAGCAUCACUUUUCUUAUAAAAUGACUGUUUUUACUCAAAUA